AUGAAAACCAAUUAUUCACCUCCUUCAACUUCUUCAAAUGUUUUUGAUAAACUUAAACAUUACAGAAAAUGUUAAAUGUCUUCUGUUUUACGAAAUUUACUUAAUAGUCCAUCUAACAGACCAACAACUAUUCAAACACCUUAAACUAAAUUACAAUCCUACUCAUAACGUAACUCACCUCUUCCAAAAGAUAUGUCAGCAUUUGAAAGAACUUAAGAUUAAACAGUUAAACAAUUAGAUUUUAGUCAUCUUCAUGAAUUUGAAAUCAAAACACCAAAUAUGACUCCUCAUUCACCAAUCAACUCAAAUAAUCAAAUGAGUAGAGUAUUUAAUAUAUUUAAUCCUUCUUCUAGGAACAAAGAAUGACUUCUUUCAUUAGUACAUAGAGAUAUAACAAAAAUGAUAAAAAAUACAAUAUAGUACUCUUUUUUGAAGAUAAUUCACUUCUAUUUCAAGAUAUAAUUAGAAGAAAAGAUGUAGAAAGAAUUGUUAAUUUGUUUCAAACUCCAAUGAUUUUGGCAUAAUAAGAGAGUGUAUUCAAUUAUUCAUUCUACAUAGUUGACUGAAACCUUUUCAGAAAUGAUCUUAUUUUUAGCCACUUUCUUUCUAGAUUGCUAAGAAUAUUCCAAAGGUACUUACUUUCUUAAGGAUUGCUAUACAUUGUCAAAUCUAACUCGUAAUCCCUUAUUGAAAGUUAAAACUCUAUUAUUAUUAGCUUAAUGCGCUAAACAGUAAAAUAUUAUAUAUUUAUAGUUAUAAGCUAUUUGACUAAUAAAUUGUUCUAAUAUAAAAAGCAUUGAUGUACACAUGGGCAUUUGAAUACCAUGAUCUAGAAAUCUAAUGUUAUGAUACUAUGGGGAUUGCUUAUUUCUAUUAAGGCAAUAUUUAAAGAGCUGAAUUUUAUCAUUAAAAAUGGACCAGCGGAUAUUUAGAACCAUCCAAAUCCUAUUAUAGAAUUACAGCUUAAGAAUUUAUUUAAAUGUUUGAGAAAACACUUCCAACCAAGGCCAUUGACUUUAUGUCUUCCAUUCAAGGGUCUAUUAGUAUUCCUUUUACUAAUAUUGCAAAUGGAAAAAGUUAUGAUGAAAAAAGAUUUAUUAAAUACAAUAAUUGUAAUCCUAUUGAAAUUAUUACAACAAUUGUUACCAAUAAAGAUUUCAAAGAGUUUAAUUUAAUUCAUCAUGAACAAACUUAAACAAUAAAUUCAACCAUCAAGAGACAACCAAAAUUACCAAAAAAGAUACUUGAAAUAACAGAAAAAUAUCGUUAAAACAAAGAAAUAUAUGAGUUUGACCAUAAAAUUAAUGAAAAUCCAAACUAUAAAUUAUCCAUUUAAUAGUAGGUGAAUCAUAGAAUAACAUAAUCAUUUUCAUUAGAACAUGUCAAAUUAAACAUUCGUAAGUUUAUUGCUACCUAAAGAGAACCUUUUGUCAAAGCAUAAUAAAUUUAUAUAAGAGCGAAUCAUUCUCAAAAAGAAUUUAUUCCUACUUUUGUUGCCAGAUAUAAAAAAAUGCUUUUACAGAUACUAAAAUGA